AUACUGUACUUAGUUGAAUAACUUCCGUGUGAACAUCUGCCUGACUGACAUAAUAUUGCAGAAAACUGCUCCAAUAUUCUACGACAAAAACUACAACCAUCGGCUGUAAAGAAUAUGUUCCAAAAACCGCUUCACUCUACAACCGCAGUUCCAAAUAGCAAAACCAGCAGCAGGGAACAGUGACAGAAACCGCGGCAACCAGAACUGACAGAACUACAGCACUUUCCAGAACGCUGUGACGUCAUGCGCUCGGGCCCGCUAUUGGCUUAGACCACGCCCCUGUAAGAACGGCUCGGAAUACGCACGUCCUGAAACAAGCACGCAGGAGUCCGCGGCGGGUGCGCGCACGGGGAAGUCUGACAGCUGCUCUGUCACAAUGGCGGGAAAGUUUGAGAAAUCCCUUAGUCCCGGGAAGGGCAAUGGCCUGCGUGCUUCCCUAAGCUUUGCGGUGGGUGAGCUGGUGACGUGCGCGGAGCCCUUUGUGUACACUACGUGCAAGGACAAAACUGCCGGAACCUCUGUGUGCGACUACUGCCUGCGCAGGAGUGAAAAUCUUCAGCGAUGCUCCCAGUGCAAGUUUGCCAGAUACUGCAAUUCACUCUGCCAGAAAAAAGCUUGGAAAGACCACAAAAGAGAGUGUUUGUGCCUGAAGAGCAUCUUACCAAAUGUUCCUACUGACUCUGUCAGGCUUGUUGCAAAAAUUAUCUUUAAACUGCUUGAACAACCAGAGUGUACUUCAGGAGAACUAUAUUCAGUAACUGAGCUUCAGUCACAUUUCAAAGACCUAAAUGAAGACAUGAUACAAGGCCUGGGGCAUCUUGCAGCAACAUUAGAGCAAUACCUGAAGAAAGAAAUCCCAGACUCUUCUAAGCUUCCACCUGGAUUCCAGACACUUGAUUAUUUCUGCAAACUGACCUGUAACAGCUUUACCAUCUGCAAUGGAGAGAUGCAGGACAUUGGUGUUGGCCUGUAUCCCAGCAUGUCCCUUUUAAAUCACAGUUGUGACCCAAACUGUGUGAUCACCUUUGAAGGAACACGUCUGCACCUACGCGCUGUCAAGGAAAUACCACAAGGGGAAGAGCUCACUAUAAGUUACAUUGAUGUGAUGAUGCCUUCACACAUGCGUCAGAUGCAGUUUCAGCGUCAAUACUGCUUUACCUGUGAUUGCAAUCGCUGCGUGUCAAGAGAUAAGGACGAAGACAUGCUGGCUGGGGGUGAAGAGGCUUCAGGAGCAAUGGAACGUUCCCUUGUGACACUAGAAGAGCUGCGUUCCCAGAACAAUUUUAAAGAAGCCUUAAAACUGUGUAAGAAGUUGAUCGACGAAAGUCAACUACCAAGCAAGAAUAUUUAUAAGAUCAAGGCUCUUGACUUUGCUAUGGAUCUCUGCAUUCAGCUGAAAAUAUGGGAGGAGGCCCUUCAGUUUGGCUUACAAACUUUAGAACCCUACAGCUUGUAUUAUUCAAAUUACAAUCCGGUACGGGCCAUCCAGAUAAUGAGAGUGGGCAAGAUCCAGCUUCAUCUGGGCAGGUUUCUUGAAGCUAUGACAACCUUUAAGCAGGUUUUUGAGAUCGUGAAAGUUACACAUGGAAGAGACAGUGGGUUGACAAAAGAUUUGUUGGAGCUAUUAGGAGAAUGUGAGAUGGAAAUGAAUGCAACAUAAAGAAAACCCUUCAAAUAUCCCCUUAUACAAAAAAGUAUUGUCUGUUCCUACCUUUAUUCAGUUUCUUUGCAUAUGUAGAGUAUUGUCAUUACCUUUAUGAAUGUUACUACUCAAAAUAAAACUACUAUACUUAACAA